UGGCUUCCCCAUUUGAAUUCUAAUCAUAUGAUCAUCGGGAUGCAGCAAAGGUCGUAACUUUGAAAAACGGGUCAUGUCACAUUUUUCAGUGCCGUUGUAACUUUGAAUGAUCACGAAAUGAACUGUUGUAAAUCGAGGACUACCUGUAGAAUUGAUUUGUGCAGCCUGGUGGUAUCCUUUUGAGUACUGGAUGCGUGAGGGAGCUUUGAGUUUUUCUAGCAUGUUCAGUGGAGAAGAACACAUGUUGGUAUAGUUUCUGCUGGGCCACUGUUGCACGGACCCAAAGGGCCGGUAAAAGGGAUCCUCCCGCAUUUUCCUGUCAAGUCAGCUGGGCGGAAGGUGCUGACAUCUAAAGAAGUCUAGGCCUUCCUGUGUCUUUACUUUUGCUAAUAGAAAGAUGUGGGGUUCUGGCCAAAUCAGAUUGGCCCCCUGUGUUCAUUAUGGGAGCUUCAGCUCAUAUCCAGUGUAUGUAAAGAAACAGGCAGCGUCUUCACCGUAGUUACUUUGCCUGAACCAUUAGCCAGGCUAAACCCUGUGGGGAAAAGGGAGAGCAGAGCUGAUUAUGCCACCUUCAACAUGCCUCCCUUCCGAAAUAGGGCAGCAACUAAAAUUCAGCCAAGCAGCCCUUAGAUGUUUCAAUUAUUCAAGUUCCAGGAGGGGAUGAAGUAGCAAAAAAGUGGAUUCCAGGUAAAAAUAUGCUAGGAAUUUGACUUGAAAUGUAGAAGUUGUAGAAUUUCCCUAUUUAGGGGAGGAAAAAACCUUGAAAUUCCCACUGCAAUUCUGGGAACAUAAUUCUGGGGAACAUAAGAUCCAUGAACCUCCUUUGAGCCAGAUUCCUGCCUGGAAGCUCCCAAGUAUUUAAAAAACAGAACUGAAUUAGUUCAGUUAAAUUUCCAUUAAUCUACCGGCAAUAUAGUCUUGGUUUCCUGCCAAAAAAACCCAUAAUUUUCAUUUUGGGCUCAUGUGUUUCUACCUGAUUUUUUCGUUAUAUUCUAUUGGGAUUUUUAAAAUUACCAAAAUAUCUUCAUUAAGAUGGAAAUAUGUUCUCUGCCAAUGUUCUUUGAUGGAUGAAAAUUCAGUUUGAGAUGAUUGAACAGACCGUUUAUACAGAAAUUUUAAAAGGAACAAGUAUGCCUCGAAUAACAUCUUUAUAGAUUGGAAUAGCAUUUGUCCAGUUUGCCAGAGGUGUUGCAUCUAACUUUCAGUAUGGAAUCUACACGUGAGUAAGUAACGUGCACUGAUCAACUGUGGAAGCAAAAAUUUAGAAUUAUCUUCAAUGUUUUUUCAACUUUCAGUUUGGCCUCUGGCGUUUCCAUCCAAGGAUUAGACAUAUUCAGCCCUGCCUAAGUCAGCCAAGCUACCCCAUGGCUGAUGAGCAAUUUCUAGGUUUUGGCUCUGAUGAUGAGGCCAAAGGAGCCCAUUCCCCCAAGUCCCUUGCAGUCUCAGUCAAAGCUAGUGCACGUAAACCUCGUGGGAGACCUCGGAACGGUUCAGACCGAAGUCCAGCUGCUCUACCAGAGUCCUUGCCAAUAUAUUCGCCUUCAAGCAACCCGGAACCUACGUCCAUGGAAAACAUAAAAAGGAAAGAAUUUAAAAGUGGAGAAAAACGGCGAGGGAGACCUCCUGCUCUAACCAGUGUGAAAUUCAAGAUCAGCCAUAAAGAGUGCAUUCCAGAUGCUCAGAAAGGAGGGAAGGAGGAAAAAGAGAACGUAAAGAAAACAAAGCGGGCACCAUCGGCUACCUUUCAGCAUGCUGCAAAAAUUAAGAAAUUAAGAACAGGCAAACUCUGUCCGCUGAAGUCCCAGUUCAAAUCCGGGAAGCUCCAGAUUGGGAGGAAAGGGAUUCAGAUUGUCCGCAGAAGAGGGAGGCCACCAUCUUCCGAUCGCUUGAAGGCCAUGCCGGCUCUUGUAUGCUCCCAGUUGGAGAAAGUCCAGAGGGCACGAAAGGAAAGAGAGGGAGGAGUCCCCUUCCUCCCCAAAGACGAAAAGCCAACGGUGGUUAGGCAGAGCCCUCGCAGACCAGUAAGGAUGAUUCCUUCUUGCAAGAGGACAGAUGCCACCAUCGCCAAGCAGCUCUUGCAGAAGGCAAAAAAAGGAGCUCAGAAGAAAAUGGAGAAAGAAGCAGCGAAGCUCCAGGGCCGGAAGGGGAGGACUCAGCUCAAAAACAUCCGGCAGUUCAUCAUGCCUGUGGUGAGUGCCAUCUCUUCGCGAAUAAUUAAGACUCCCAAGCGUUUCAUUGAAGAUGAAGACUACGACCCGCCAAUUAAAAUUGCACGCUUGGAGUCUACCCCAAACAGCCGCUUCAGUGCUACCUCUUGCGAAUCGAGCGAGAAGUCCAGUGUCGCAUCUCAGCACUCCUCCCAGCUAUCUUCUGACUCCUCACGGUCCAGCAGUCCCAGUGUUGAUACCUCCACAGAUUCACAGGCUUCCGAAGAGAUGCAAGCUCUCUCGGAAGAAUGCAACAAUGCUCCAGAAGUCCCCCCGUCCCUGCCAGAGUCCACCUCCCUUGAUAACGAGGGGGCUGAGCAGAGGAGGAGGAGGAGGAGGAGGAGGUUUUCAAUGGCAGAGAAGAAUUUUGCCCCCAAAGCAGCUAAGAAGCUGCCCGGCCUCCAAAGUGUCUCUCAGCAGCAGUCCUCUUCUUCUUCUUCUUCGCCUCCUCCCCCACUGCUCACCCCACCUCCCCCACUGCAGCCAGCAGCCGGCAUCUCCGACCAUGCGCCGUGGCUCAUGCCUCCCACCAUUCCCUUGGCAUCGCCCUUCUUGCCGUCUUCUGCGGCUGCUCCUGCGCAAGAGAAGCGGAAGUCAAUCCUCCGAGAACCGACCUUCCGUUGGACUUCCCUGAAGCCCUCCCGCUCCGAACCCCAGUACUUCUCCUCCGCCAAGUACGCCAAAGAAGGUCUUAUCCGCAAGCCGGUUUUUGAUAAUUUCCGGCCGCCGCCCCUGACCCCAGAGGACGUGGGCUUUGCCGCUGCCGCUGCCGCCGGCUUCACCCCUCCUGGGGCCACGGCUCCGGCCCGCUUGUUUUCUCCUCUUCUCUCUGGAACAAGGUUUGGUCUGCACAAGAGGAGCCCCCUGUUGCGAGCGCCAAGGUUCACCCCCAGUGAGGCGCACUCGCGCAUCUUUGAGUCUGUGACGUUGCCUUCUUCAAUUAGUCGAAGCGCUACGGGAAGCACCACAGCAGCAGCAGCUUCUUCAAGGAAACGAAAGAGGCGCGUCUUCAGUCCGAUUCGGUCUGAGUCGAGGUCUCCUUCGCACUCUAUGAGGACAAGAAGCGGGAGACUCAGCACCUCCGAGCUGUCCACGCUCCCCCCGUCCUCCUCCUCCGCCUCUUCUUCCCUAACGAGCAUCUCUGUCGGCUCCCUUGCCAGCAGUGCCUUAAACGCCACCACCUUCGCUUUCCCUUCGCAAUCCCUGUCCCAGACCGGGGAAGCAACAGAGAAAAGCCAGAGACCGAGGAAGCAGACAGGCCUCCCUGCCGAGCCAUUCCCAUCAGGCGGCACUGCUCCCCUUUUCCCUUGGUUUGCACCGGAGCCCCAGGCGGAGAGGACCAGAGGCAAGGACAAAGCUGCCGAGGAGCUGCCCAAAGACGGAGAAAGGGACAGCAGCCCCGAGAAGGAGAAGAGCCGAGAAAGAGACCGAGACAGGGAGAAGGAAAACAAGCACGAGUCGAGGAAAGAGAAGAAGAAGAAGGCGGCGGCGGCGGCUUCAGAAAUCCAGGGCGGCUCUGCUUUAUUCCCAUCCACUCGCGGUUCUAAAGGGAAGGUCAUCGUCAGUGAAGAUGUCGCAACCUCGUCCUUUGCCAAAAAACCCGCGGGACGGAGGAAACCGGCCGGCCCUGAUCCAGCGGCAGAUGUCCCUGCAGUGGUCCUUGUGGACUCAGCUAGCAUAAAGACCAAGUUGCCCAAGAGAAGCCGAGCGGGGGGCUUGGAGAAAUCGACUCUGGACCUUGGCCUGGUGGCCUCUUCUGCAGAAAAGGAGGAGUCUCUGCGUCUUCCUGCCGCCUCACUUGGCAUCGUGAAACAUUCCUCCAUCAGCUCAGUACUGGCUCAUGCCGAUAAACUUCCAAUGGCGGACAAGAGGGUCGCCAGCCUCCUGAAGAAAGCCAAAGCUCAGCUCUAUAAGAUUGAGAAGAGCAAGUCCCUUAAGCAGGCGGAUCAGCCCAAAGGACAGGGUCAAGAGAGCGACUCCUCAGAAACCUCUGUGCGAGGUCCACGCAUCAAGCAUGUCUGCAGGAGAGCAGCCGUAGCCCUGGGCCGCAAGCGAGCCGUCUUCCCAGAUGACAUGCCCACUCUGAGUGCCUUACCAUGGGAAGAACGGGAGAAGAUACUGUCUUCCAUGGGGAACGAUGACAAAUCCUCUGUUGCUGGGUCAGAAGAGGCUGAGCCCCUUGCACCGCCCGUCAAGCCCAUCAAGCCCGUAACCAGAAGCAAGGCCCCCCAGGAGCCCCCCGUGAAGAAAGGCCGCCGGUCGAGGCGCUGUGGGCAGUGUCCAGGCUGCCAAGUCCCAGAAGAUUGUGGCGUCUGCACAAACUGUCUGGAUAAGCCCAAGUUUGGUGGGCGGAACAUAAAAAAGCAGUGUUGCAAGAUGAGGAAGUGUCAGAACCUGCAGUGGAUGCCAUCGAAAGCUUAUCUCCAGAAGCAAGCCAAAGCCGUGAAAAAAAAGGAAAGGAAAUCCAAGUCCGGUGAAAAGAAAGACGGCCAGCUGGGGAAGGUUCAGGGGGAGCCAAAAGCAGCAGCAGCAGCGGCUCCUCCUCCUCCUCUGGCUUUGGGCAAAGAGGAUCCGGCCUCCAAGAAAAGCAGCGAACAAGCCCGGAAGGCCAGUGAAGGAAAGAUGGAGGAAGGGCAGCUGCCGCCACCGCCUGCCCCAGACCCCAAGCAGCCUCUACCUUCUGCCACCCGGAAAGCUGGCAAGCAAGCCCCUCCUGCCUUGCCUCCUGCCCAGCCGCCCAGCUCAGGCCCGCCCAAGAAGGAAGCCCCCAAAACCGUCCUGGCUGAGCCCAAGAAAAAAAUAGCGCCAUCUCUGGAAACAGCCGUUGAGCAAAACAGACAGAAGAAAAUCAUUCCGCGUCCCAGCUUACCGGUGAAACAGAAACCAAAAGAGAAGGAGAAGCCCCUCCCAGUCGGCAAGCCAGAGAGCAGCGCCCUCAACACCCUGAGCCCUUCGUCCAACAACACCCCCCCUUCCAAGCAGAAGCCCCUGACCGACGGGGUCCACAGGAUCCGAGUGGACUUCAAGGAGGACUGUGAGGCUGAAAGCCUUUGGGAAAUGGGGGGUCUGGGCAUCCUGACCUCCAUUCCGAUAACUCCCAGAGUGGUCUGCUUCCUGUGUGCCAGCAGCGGAAACGUGGAGUUUGUCUAUUGCCAGGUCUGCUGUGAGCCUUUCCACAAAUUCUGUUUAGAGGUUAACGAACGGCCCCAGGAAGACCAGUUGGAAAACUGGUGCUGUCGCCGCUGCAAGUUCUGCCAUGUGUGUGGAAGGCAGCAUCAGGCCUCCAAGCAAUUGUUGGAGUGCAAUAAGUGCCGGAACAGCUACCACCCAGAGUGCCUGGGACCCAACUACCCAACUAAGCCCACAAAGAAGAAGAAAGUGUGGAUCUGCACCAAGUGUGUUCGCUGUAAGAGCUGUGGGGCGACAACUCCAGGCAAAGGGUGGGAUGCACAAUGGUCCCAUGACUUCUCCUUGUGUCACGAUUGUGCCAAACUCUUCGCUAAAGGGAACUUCUGCCCCCUUUGUGACAAGUGCUAUGAUGACGACGACUACGAAAGCAAGAUGAUGCAGUGUGGGAAGUGUGACCGCUGGGUUCACGCCAAAUGCGAAGACCUCUCUGAUGAGAUGUAUGAGAUCCUCUCUAACCUUCCAGAGAGUGUGGCUUACACCUGCAUUAAUUGCACUGAACAGCAUCCUCCCGAAUGGCGGCUGGCCCUCGAGAAAGAGCUGCAGCUUUCUUUAAAGCAGGUUUUGACAGCCCUGCUGAACUCUAGGACGACCAGUCACUUGCUGCGUUAUCGGCAGGCAGCCAAGCCUCCUGACCUGAACCCUGAAACAGAGGAAAGCCCACCCUCGCACAGUUCUCCCAAAGGCCCAGACCCUCCUAUCCUUACAGAGGUUGGCAAGCAGGAAGAAGAGCCACUGCUCGAUCUAGAAGGCGUGAAGAGGAAGAUGGACCAAGGAGGCUAUUCUUCUGUGCUGGAGUUCAGCGACGAUCUUGUUAAGAUAAUCCAAGCAGCCAUCAAUGCCGACGGAGGGCAGCUGGAGCUCAAGAAGGCCAACAGUGUGGUGAAGUCCUUCUUCAUGAGGCAAAUGGAACGAGUUUUUCCAUGGUUCAAUGUAAAGAAGUCAAGGUUUUGGGAACCAAACAAAGUCACGGCAAACAGUGGAAUGCUGCCUAACGCUGUGCUGCCCCCCUCCCUUGACCAUAACUAUGCACAGUGGCAGGAACGCGAAGAAAGCUCUUCUGCUCAGCAGCAGCAGCCCCCCCUGAUGAAGAAAAUAAUCCCAGCUCCAAAGCUGAAAGCGCCGGGAGAGCCAAGCUCCCCCACGCCACUGCACCUCCCUGCCUCACCCUUAUCCAGUCCCGACAGAGGCCAAGACGACAGCCCAGCUCUUUCCCCGCCUCCGGAUGUGGAAGACAACCGGCAGUGCGCUCUCUGCCUGAAGUACGGUGAUGACGGAGGCAACGAUGCUGGCCGUCUCCUUUACAUUGGUCAGAACGAGUGGAGCCACGUGAACUGUGCCCUGUGGUCAGCCGAAGUGUUUGAGGAGGAGGAUGGCUCUCUGAAGAAUGUGCACGUGGCUGUGAUCCGUGGGAAGCAGCUGCGAUGUGAGUUCUGCCAGAAGUCGGGUGCCACAGUCGGCUGCUGCCUGGCCACUUGUACCAGUAACUACCAUUUUAUGUGUUCUCGGGCCAAAAACUGUGUCUUCUUGGAGGAUAAGAAGGUGUACUGCCCACGACACAAGGACAUGAUCAAAGGAGAGAUAGUGCCAGAAAAUGGCUUUGAGGUCUUGAGAAGAGUCUUUGUGGAUUUUGAAGGAAUCAGCUUGAGGAGGAAGUUUCUGAACGGUUUGGAGCCAGAGAACAUCCAUGUGAUGAUUGGGUCGAUGAGCAUCGAUUGUCUCGGCAUCCUGAACGACCUUUCUGACUGCGAAGACAAGCUCUUUCCAGUUGGAUAUCAGUGCUCCCGGGUUUACUGGAGCACAACGGAUGCUCGAAAACGUUGUGUUUACACGUGCAAGAUCAUGGAAUGCCGUCCUCCUCUCCUAGACUCUGACAUCAACAGCACCAUGGAACAUGAUGACAACCGGACCAUUGUCCACAGCCCAGUGUCACUUUCAGCAGAAAUUCCACCCAGAGAUGGUCAUGUGGCAUCAGCUGAGCUAAACCCUCCCUCGGCAGAUCUUCCUCCACAUCCUCAGAACUUCAAGGCUCUGCGCAUCAGAAUGCCGAGUUUUGCUCCUUCCCAGCGAACUCCGGGUUCGAGGCCAUUGCCUUCUGCAGGAAGCCCCACCCCUGUGACACAUGAGAUCGUAACCGUGGGAGAUCCUCUCUUAUCCUCUGGACUUCGAAGCAUUGGCUCCCGGAGGCCCAGCGCAUCUCUGUUUCCACAGCCAGUGAGGUCUUGGAUGCUGCCUCCCACCAGAGUUGGGGCCACUAACGCUCAGCACAGCACCAUCUCUUCAGGAGCCAGCAGGAGUCCCGUCCCAGAGCACAGUGUGAGCAUCAAACAUACCGAACACUCUGUGGGACCAGCAGCCUCGCACGUCGCUCUCCAGGACACCUUGGACCCUCCCAGUCCGGCCAUCCUAAGCGGAGGCAGAGGGGCUUCUCUAUGGGAGGGAACCCUCUCCUUUGACACCGGGCCUUCCGGAGGGCCCUUUUCUGCCAAAUUAGAGAAAGGGAAGCUGCUGAGCCCCAAAGAUCCAAGUGCUUCCUGUGGGAAUCCAAAAACAGGCCCCCUUGGAGAAAGCCUCUCUGGCCCAGAUGGAAACCCAAGCAAGGGAGGGAAGUUCCUAGAGUGCCCUUCUGGACUCUUCUCCCCCAAAGAACCCGUAGCUUCUGCACUGCUGCAUCAGAACCCCCCAAAGAAGGAAAAGGACCAGCAUCUGACACAGACAGACACAAAUUGCUUUUAUGAAGCCCCAGAAGCAAAGACCUCGCCCUUUUCAAGGAGCCGAUCUCCGUGCACAAACGAUCCCGUACCUUCUGUGGGGAGAGAGAGGAGAGGAAAAAUAAAGAAGGGGACAAAAGAGAGACAUUCUAGUAAGCUUUUUAGAAGUUUAAGCAUCCUCCCAAGCAGCCACAAAGAAUGCGUGGAGGCAGAAUUGGUUCAUCGGGCAAUGACCUCUGGACAUAUGCAGCCACAGCCACAGCCGCAGCAGCAGCAGCAAUAUAACAGCGUUGCUGUUGAGAAACUCAUUGACAAUAACCUGCUUGGCCAGGAGGCAUCCAAAGCUGCUUUCCAGAGCGAAAUGGCCACCUCCAAGGAUUUGCAGAAUUCGCAGAAGCGCACAGUAAAAGUAACCCUGACUCCACUCAAGAUGGAAGGUGAGAACCAGUCCAAAACUGUUCCGAGAGAACCCGGUGCGGAAUCUCAGCCAGGGGUUUGCACAUCGGUGCCGCAACCGGCUUCCAUUCCAGAGCGCUCGGGAAAUGACUGCAUGGUCCCAGAAACUCAAAGCUGUGCUUCCUCCUCAGUGGCCCCAAGUGACCCCCCUUAUCCAAACCUUCCUGUCCAAGACAGCAGCUUGAUGAUUCAGGACGGAGCCAAAGAACCGGAAGAUGGGUCCUACAAGCGGCGAUACCCUCGGCGUAGUGCCCGUGCCAGAUCCAACAUGUUUUUUGGUCUGACCCCUUUGUACGGCGUGAGGUCCUACGGUGAGGAAGACCUUCCCUUCUACAGCAACUCCACUGGCAAGAAGAGAGGCAGGCGGUCAGCUGAAGGCCAAGUGGACGGGGCUGAUGACCUCAGCACAUCAGACGAGGAGGACCUGUAUUACUACAACUUCACCCGGACGGUUGUCUCCAGCUCAGAUGAGCACAUGGCUUCUCAUAGUUUGUUCCGUGAAGAGGAACAGAUCAGUCUCCCCAAAAUCUCUCAGCUGGACGGGGUGGACGAUGGAACGGAAAGUGAUGCAAGCAUCACAGUAACGACGAGGAAAAUCAAUUCAGGAAACAAACGGAGCGGCAAAGAAAAUGGAACGGAAAGCUUAAAACUCGAACGAAGCGAAGACGGUGGGGAGAAAAUGCAAGUUACCAAGAGUUCAGUUGGCCAUAAAACAGCUGAUCCCAAAAUGGAGAAUUGCCGGGUCAAAACUCAAGAUCCUUUGGAAGCUCAGCUGAGCUCCCUGGAAGCUGUCGGCCGGCGUCCGCGUGCCAACACGGAGCCCUCGGAGAAGAACCUGCUGGACACCUUCAGCACAGAACUGCUGAAGUCCGACUCCGACAAUAACAACAGCGACGAUUGUGGGAACAUCCUUCCUUCAGACAUCAUGGACUUUGUUCUCAAAAACACCCCCUCGAUGCAGGCCCUGGGGGAGAGCCCGGAGUCCUCGUCCUCUGAGCUCCUGACUCUGGGAGAAGGCCUGGGCCUCGACAGCAACCGGGGCAAAGACAUGGCUCUCUUCGAAGUCUUUUCCCAGCAGCUGCCGACAGCCGAGCCGGUGGACAGCAGCGUCUCCUCUUCCAUUUCGGCCGAGGAGCAAUUUGAGCUGCCCUUGGAGCUGCCUUCCGAUCUCUCGGUCUUGACUACCCGGAGCCCCACAGUCCCCAGUCAGAACCACAGCAGACUUGCAGUCAUUCCAGAACCUUCCCUCGCCACCUCGGGGGAGGGAUCCAUGUUGACCCUCCCUUCCUCGGACCCUGCUGAGAAGAGAGGGGUGGUCGCAGAAAAGGCCUCCUCCGGUGAAGCAGAGCCAGCAUUGCUCAGCCCGCGAGUGGCCCCAAGCCCCCAGGGCCCCCUGACCCCCGACCCUUUCAUUCAGAGCCACCUGGAAGCAGAGCACAUGGGCAGCCCGCCCUGUGGACCAAGGGAAGAUCUGGCUGGUGGCGGCAGCAGCGGGACCCCCGGCCUCCCCGUUUCUCCCUCCCUCCCGCUCCAGAAUCCCAAGUAUGGGCCAAGUGGCCCCGACAAGCCCGGCCCGUCGCCCAUCUCAAACGCUGCCGUGCAGACGGCCCCUCUCCACUUGAAGGCUGCUGCGGAGAAGCUCCUGGUGGUCAACCAGAACAUGCAGCCUCUGUACGUCCUCCAGACGCUGCCCAACGGCCUCACCCAAAAGAUUCAGCUGACUUCUCCCAUCAGUUCCGGGCCGGCCGGCAUGGAGGCCGGGGCUUCUGUGCUGGGCCCCAUGGACACGGCCAGCCUGGCCCUGGCUGCAGGCCUCAGCCCCGGCUUACCCUCCACCAGGCCUCUCUUCCCUGCGGCCAGCAAAGGCCUUCUGCCCAUGCCUCAGCAGCACCAGCACCUGCAUUCCUUUUCGGCCAGCCCCUCCGGCGGCACCAGCAGCUUCCCGGCAGCCCUCGGCAGCCCCGCCUCAAGCCUUCUGAUCGGGGUCCAGCAGCUGCCCAACCCUGAGGCGAACACAAGGGCGGAUAUUGGGCCUGCGGUCACACCCCCUCCCACGGGCCUCGGCAAGAAGCGGCCCAUUGCACGCCUGCCAAGAAGGGCCAAGAAGUCGGCUGCUCCUUCUGCCGCGGCUUCUUCAGACCUGGCCCCAAUGAACUUCCCUCGGUCCUCCCCGCCUCGCCACCCAGGCCUGCUUGAUCUGGGAGCCGCGUGUCCCCGCACCGUGCCCAGCCUGGUCAAGCGCUCCAAGCCAGGGGUCAUGUACUUUGAGCCCCUGUUGCCUCCGGAGGCGGCUGCUACAGAGGCAGCCCUUGGAGCCUCUCCCAGCGUAGCUUCUCCUCCCCCCGGGCGGAAGGCGGCCCCGCUGCCAGCACCUACCCCCGGCCCAGCGGUCCCGCCCCACCUGUUGGGACAAGGAGGCUCUGAGGUGCCGAACGUUUCGGACAUGAGCUCCCUCGGCAGCCUGUUGAUCAAAGCCACGCGAGAAGGGCUCAGCCUCCCGGAGCAGCCCGCUUCAGCACCGCCCCCAGCGCCCAGGAUGUUUCUGUCGCAUAAGGAGGUUUCGUUGGCCCAGUCUGCCUCUGCGGGGCCAGCGACUGCCCUCGCCACCGGCCUCUCUGUCUUGCCUCCCGCGAAGGCCGUGGGCACGUCUGCAAAUCCUGGAAGCGCCUACCAGUCUGAGCCUCUCACUCAGCUCCUGGCUUGCAAGGCUGGGCCGCCCCCCGCUCACCUGGACCUCCCCCCCUCCCAGGGAGCUCCCCUUUCAGACUUCCCCCAGCCGAUGGAUGCGGCAGCCGCGGGCCGAAACAGAUCGUCCCCCUGCGUCCCCACAGCCUCUUCCGGGAGCUCCCCUUCCACCGUGCUGGGCUCCACCAGGGCCCGAUCCAAAGUCAAGCGCUUGCCGACCCCUGUGGGCAGCAAAGGAUCCGGGAAGAAACCCAGGGCGCCUCCAUUCUGGAACAGCUUCCCUGGCCAAUGCGUCCCACCACAAGGCACGAGGGUGGCAGCCCAGGACCCAGGCGGAGGGCCCCAGCCCCCCCGGGUGCAACCAGAGGAGGCCACAGACGUCCUGCAGCCAGCCCACAAACCAGCAGGGCCUCAGCAGCCCCAGCCACAAGCUCAGCCAACCCCGCCCGCCUCCAACGAGUCAGAGCGCGCAGAUUCCAAUGCGGAGGAGGAGGAGGAGGAGGAGGAGGAGGAGGAAGAAGGCGGCUUCAGCUCUCCCCUCAUGUUCUGGCUGCAGCAGGAACGGAAGCGGAAAGAAAGCCUUGCAGAGAGGAGGCCCCGGAAAGGGCUGGUGUUUGAGAUCUCCAGUGACGAUGGCUUCCAGAUCUGUGCAGAGAGCAUUGAAGAAGCCUGGAAGUCCUUGACAGACAAGGUCCAAGAAGCUCGGUCGAACGCCCGCCUGAAACAGCUUUCCUUCGCAGGUGUGAGUGGGCUGCAGAUGCUGGGCAUUCUCCACCACGCCGUUGUGUUCCUGAUAGAGCAACUCUGUGGAGCCAAGCAUUGCUCCAACUACAAGUUCAGGUUCCACCAGCCAGAGGAGGCCGAGGAGCCUCCCGUGAACCCCCACGGCUCUGCCAGGGCUGAAGGGCACCUCAGGAAGUCUGGUCUUGACAUGUUCAACUUUCUGGCUUCUAAACAUCGCCAGCCCCCACAGUACCAUCCCAACGAUGAGGAGGAAGAGGAGGUGCAGCUGAAAUCUGCCCGGAGGGCAACCAGCAUGGAUCUUCCGAUGCCCAUGCGCUUCCGACACUUGAGGAAGACCUCCAAGGAGGCAGUUGGGGUUUACAGGUCUCCUAUCCACGGACGGGGCCUCUUCUGCAAAAGGAACAUUGAUGCAGGGGAGAUGGUGAUCGAAUAUGCUGGCAACGUGAUUCGCUCCAUAUUAACUGACAAGCGCGAGAAAUAUUAUGACAGUAAGGGCAUCGGCUGCUACAUGUUCCGUAUCGAUGACUCAGAGGUUGUGGAUGCCACCAUGCAUGGGAACGCAGCACGCUUCAUCAACCAUUCCUGCGAGCCCAACUGCUACUCCCGAGUCAUCAACAUCGAUGGCCAGAAGCACAUCGUCAUCUUCGCUGUGCGCAAGAUCUACCGUGGCGAAGAGCUGACCUAUGAUUACAAGUUUCCCAUUGAAGACGCCAGCAACAAGCUGCUCUGCAAUUGCGGUGCCAAGAAGUGCCGGCGUUUCCUCAACUGAGCGGUCGAGCUGAGCCACCGCAGCGGCCACAGGAGGCUCAGGUGCUGGUGCCCCUCAAGCAGCCACAGAUACGUUGGCUUCAUCUGGCAUGCCCUGCGCAGAGCGAGGUGGACUUUGGUGUGCUGUGGGACUGAGAAAAUGGGAACGUGGGCUGGGCCGAGCCGGCACGAGAGCCUGGUUGCCUCUUCAAGUUUGGAACGUGCGCCCUCCCCUCCUGUUCCAGCUUGGGCUGGCGGCUGAGCAGCGGUUCUCCAAAAUCCCUGUGGCCAGUGGGCAGGAAUCCCAAGGCAGCAGCUUGGCUGGGCAGAUCUUUGGAUGGGCUUUCAGGAGGAGAAGCAGACCUUCAGAGGAGGAGGAGGAGCUUCUGUCCCAGAGAGCCUCCGCCUCUCCCACUGAACAUGGGCAGCUCAGCCCCACCGGCCCCCCCGUCUCAGAAGUGUUGUAGUGGCCCCCAAAGUCAGAGCACAGCCUGUUUUGUGGGGAGGCAAAGGGCUGGUCAGUGUGGCUGGAGCUGCUCUGGGAGUGCAAAGGAGGGGAGGGAGGCUGGACUUUGUGGAAUCCAUUUCUCCCUUUCCAGGCCUCCUUCAGUUGCACCAUCUCGAAUUAAGUCUUUGGAUUUUCCUUGGUUCUGUUUACAUUUUAGUAUUUAAAAGUUUUAUAAAUGUAAAUAUAUUUUGUAUAUUUUUCUAUGAGCAGCACUUCAUAGGAAAGAGCACUUAGGAGACUAUUUUUUCAGUCAUGGUUGCUUCUUGACUUUAAAAAGAAUCCAUUUGAAGGGUGAAUGUUUUAUUUUUAAUAGGAUGCUCUUUCCAAGGUUGGUUCAGGCACGUCCAGCCUCUCCCUCAGGAGGGGAAGGAGAGUUUUCUGGGUGCUGCUUCGGCUGCCCCUUCAGACGCCUCCUCCCAUUUUCAGGGGAGGAUGGAAGCGUUUGGUGGGUCUUCCGUUCUCCAGCAGUCAAGUGGUCGACCGGCUCUCCCUGGAGGUUAAGCUUCCCUCCCUCUCCGGCCUCACUUCAGGCCAGCUUCUCACCAGGCUCCGCCCUGGUCUCUCUUGCUCUGGAGACGAGGCAGCUCAAGGCAGAGGAUGCACAUCUCUUUCAGGGGAGCAAAGCCCACUCGCCCCUCUCCUGGAAAGGAGGAGUGGGGGCUCCUGACCGUCACCUUUGCUGUCCCAAGCUGGCCAGACCUUUGUACCCCUAGGAGGCAUUUGGGGAGAAAGAGGCAGGCGCCAGCUGGGCUUAAAAGGAAGAGGCAGUUGCUGCCUAAAGCUGCUCUUUCCGUCUCGGCUGCUAGAAGAGUCCGCCCUUUCCUCGGAAGGCUCCGGAUUUCGUCUCAAGCUUUGGUUGGGCCCCCUUCACAGGCAUCUCCUCCUCCUCCUGCUGCUGCUGUUGCUAAUCUGGCUGUCCUGAGCAGUAGCGGAGCUGCUUUGGGCUGCUCUGAAGCCCAGAAUGCCGCUGCCGCUGCACCUGAGAGGGAGGCUGGGCAGAGGCUGCACCUCCGGAGCGGCAAGGAGAAGAAGGGAGCAAAAGGAAGCUGGGCUGGGCAGCUUCCUGGAAAUAUGAAUGUAUCUCUCUAAGAACUGACAGAUCGUGAGAUCGAAGAAUACUAAGUCAGUCCACCCUUUAAAGGUUUUAUUUUUUUUAAAGGAAAAGCGGGUCACUGCAAAGGGCUGGGCAAGAAUCUUCUCUUCUUUGUUGUGAAGCAAUACCAGGUUUUCAGUCAAAUUCAUCCUCUGCGCAGAAUCAUGUCAUUUGGCCAGGUUGUUGCUGGCUCAUCUCCUGCUCUCUCUCUCUUCCCCCCCCCCCCCAAGCCUGCAAGUUUUUAUGACUAUAAAUAAGGUAUCUAUAGGACUAAUAUUGUACUGCAUUGUGUCUUGAAGCCUGGCUUUGAAUUCUCUUUAACCCUUUAGGUAAUGGUUGUGUCCCAGUUGCUGAAAAGGCAGGAAAAGCAACACGCCAAGGGCUCCACGGGCAGCGGAUGCCGCCCCCACUGGACCCGGCUCCGACUGCAGGGCGGGGUGGGGGCUCUGUGCAGACCUCCCAGAAGUGAGGCUGGGGACUUGGCUGCUGUGGAUACUCCUGACCUUCUUCUGUGUUUAAUAGUCAAUCCUUGUACAACUUGCUUCUCUCCUCCGCCUCUUCCUCUUUCGGGAUUCCAGUUGGUGGAGCUCCUCGCCUGCAUUGUGCGCUUUCUGGUCUCUUAAUAAGGUCUUGCAGCUUCACCUUCCCGCCAAGAACCGUGCCCGUGGUGUUUCUUGGAUCCAGCGUCUUCAGUAGCUACAGGUAGUGAAUAAAUGUCUCAAGCCACUUUGCAAAAGCUACAUAAACAGGGCUCUCUGGUCC